CACAAUCAAUGCCUAAUCUGAUAAAUAUUUCUGGGGUUCCUCGUUCCUUCUCUCUAAAACUAAAAACUAAAACCGCUUUCCAAAUCCUCCCUAUAAAGCAAACUGGUGGUUUUGGCUACUGAUGCAAUCGAACCAAUGCGUGCCACUCACUCCCGUCCCGAGUUAGCAUUAGUCCAUUGUAGUGCAGCAGUAGUUAGUUUUAGGGGAAGUAAAAAAAAUGGCCGCUGCUAAAGCAUCUCUAUUCCCAACCUCACCGCAUUUUGAUAAUUCGGUCGUCUUCUUCAAACAACUACAUCUCCGCUACUCCUCUCCUACUAGGGUUAGGGUUUCGACACUCUUCUUCACUUCCGAGAGCCCUCGUCGUGGUCGUCGGCUCAAAAAUAACACACCAUCGUCCUCUUUAAUCACCAAAAAUGCCGCCGUGUACACCACCAUCACCACCACCCCCCAAGGAGGAGGAGGAAUCUCUACCAAAUUGCCGCCACGAAGGGAAAACGUCGACACUGACCGGGACUCCGUAUCGAUUCUCAACGAGAGGAUACGCCGCGAUCACGGCAAGCGAGAUGUUUCCAGGCCCGCUAUGGAUUCUGAGGAGGCCGACAAAUAUAUUCAGUUGGUGAAGCAGCAGCAGCAGAGAGGCUUGCAGAAAUUAAAAGGCGAUAGGGUAGCAGCUAAAGACGGAGGUUUCAACUACAAGGUAGAUCCUUACACUCUUCGUUCUGGAGAUUACGUCGUCCACAAGAAGGUUGGUGUUGGACGAUUUGUUGGGAUUAAAUUCGACGUGCCCAAAGAUUAUACGGAGCCAAUUGAGUAUGUCUUUAUUGAGUAUGCGGAUGGAAUGGCAAAGCUCCCUGUUAAGCAAGCGGCCCGUAUGCUCUACCGAUAUAAUCUCCCAAACGAAACGAAAAGACCACGAACUUUGAGCAAAUUAAGUGACACUAGUGCUUGGGAGAGGAGAAGGAUUAAAGGGAAGGUUGCUGUUCAGAAAAUGGUUGUUGACUUGAUGGAGUUGUAUCUGCAUAGGCUAAAACAGAGAAGGUCUCCCUACCCGAGGAGUCCUGCCAUGGCUGAAUUUGCAGCUCAAUUUCCUUAUGAACCCACACCAGAUCAAAAGCAGGCUUUCAUUGAUGUUGAGAAGGAUUUGAUAGAGAGAGAAACUCCAAUGGACAGAUUAAUUUGUGGAGAUGUUGGGUUUGGUAAAACUGAAGUUGCACUACGUGCCAUUUUUUGUGUGGUCUCAGCAGGGAAGCAAGCUAUGGUUCUAGCACCGACGAUUGUUUUAGCCAAACAACAUUUUGAUGUUAUUUCAGAGCGAUUUUCGGAGUAUUUUAAUAUCAAGGUUGGGCUUCUGAGCAGGUUUCAGACGAAGGCAGAGAAAGAGGAGUACCUGCAUAUGAUUAAGCAUGGGCAUCUGGACAUAAUUGUUGGGACUCAUUCACUUCUUGGUAGUCGUGUUGUGUAUAAUAAUCUAGGCCUCCUUGUGGUUGACGAGGAACAGAGGUUUGGUGUCAAACAGAAGGAGAAGAUUGCUUCAUUCAAAACUUCAGUUGAUGUUCUCACUCUCUCUGCAACACCUAUACCAAGAACCCUUUAUUUAGCAUUGACUGGGUUUCGUGAUGCUAGUUUAAUUUCAACAGCACCUCCUGAAAGAGUUCCUAUAAGAACCCAUCUUUCAGCAUACAGCAAGGAAAAGGUAAUUUCAGCAAUCAAGUAUGAGCUGGACCGUGGGGGCCAAGUUUUCUAUGUUUUGCCUCGUAUCAAAGGACUUGAAGAAGUGAUGGAAUUUCUUGAACAGUCAUUUCCAAAUGUGGACAUUGCUAUUGCUCACGGAAAGCAAUACUCAAAACAGCUUGAAGAAACCAUGGAAAAUUUUGCGCAAGGAGGAAUUAAGAUUCUUAUAUGCACAAAUAUAGUAGAAAGUGGGCUUGACAUACAAAAUGCAAACACCAUUAUAAUUCAGGAUGUUCAACAAUUUGGCCUUGCACAGUUGUAUCAGUUGCGUGGAAGGGUGGGGCGGGCUGAUAAGGAAGCCCAUGCACACUUAUUUUACCCCGAUAAGUCACUACUUUCUGAUCAAGCACUGGAGAGGCUUGCGGCUCUAGAAGAGUGCUGUGAUCUUGGUCAAGGUUUCCAGCUUGCAGAACGAGACAUGGCUAUAAGAGGCUUUGGUAAUAUCUUUGGUGAGCAGCAAACAGGGGAUGUUGGAAAUGUGGGAAUUGACCUCUUCUUUGAAAUGCUCUUUGAGAGCUUGUCUAAGGUUGAAGAGCAUCGUGUCAUUUCAGUUCCGUACCAAUCAGUACAGCUCGAUAUGAAUAUAAAUCCUCAUCUCCCUUCUGAGUACAUAAAUUAUCUGGAGAAUCCCAUGGAAAUAAUUAAUGAAGCUGAAAAAGCUGCUGAAAAAGACAUCUGGAGUUUGAUGCAAUUUACAGAGAAUCUACGCCGCCAAUAUGGAAAGGAGCCUUACUCCAUGGAAAUUCUACUGAAGAAACUUUAUGUGAAGAGAAUGGCAGCAGAUCUAGGGAUUACCAGAAUAUAUGCUUCAGGAAAGAUGGUCGGCAUGAAAACAAGCAUGAGUAAAAAGGUUUUCAAGCUGAUCAAGGAUUCAAUGGCUUCUGAUGUUCACCGAAAUUCUCUGGUUUUUGAGAACGACCAGAUUAAGGCAGAACUUCUUUUGGAACUACCAAGAGAACAGCUGCUCAAUUGGAUCUUUCAGUGCUUGGCCGAACUUCAUGCAUCACUACCAGCCCUUAUAAAAUACUAAUGCUCUCUAUAGACAUAACCUUUUUGAUGAACUCAGUACAGCACCCAUACAUCAAGAUGAUAUACUUGCGUUGAGUGGGUCCAUCAUAAAAACUAAGAAUCUUUCUGUCAUAGAAGCUGCUUGUGUUCACCCUCCAUUGUCUCUGAGCUGACGAUGCCUUUGGAUAGAUCAUACAAAUUUAAGUCGAAUACAAUUGACACAAUUUAUUGAUAUUUGAGACUACAACUCUACCUGUGGUAGACAGCAUCUGAUCAGAAGAAUAAUACAGUUGUCCAAUGCACAAAUCAUUUCAUGGAUUUUCGAUAUGAAGAUGCCUGCAUCAGCUUCUUCAGCACAUUUUUAUUUCCACUACGAAGUAACAGCUACAUCCUAGAAGACUGUUGAACAUGUUUCAUAGCAUGUGGUGUUCUGAAGAUCUAGUUUCUGAAAUUGGAAGGAAUUAUCUCCUUCCUCAUAAAAUUUUUAUGUUGAAAGCUUUUACUAUCACUUUUUUAUUAUCUGAUUGAAUAUUUACUGCGUAAAGGUUUUUUUUGUCAUACUGCAAUUUGUUGUAUAGUUCCGUACAAACCAUAGCUUUGUCCUUUUUGAGCGUGACUAUGCAAACAAAAAUGUCAGCAAGUAUAUGUUGUAGUUUUCCUCUUUUAAGUUUAAGGUCUUGUACGUAUUUGGUUUA